CGAGACAGGCGCGGAGCCGGGGUCGCGCGCAGAGGUCAUGGAAGAAGUGACAUCAUGCUCCUUCAGCAGCCCCCUGUUCCAGCAGGAAGACAAGAGAGGGAUCACCUACCGAAUCCCAGCCCUGCUCUACGUGCCCCCCACCCACACCUUCCUGGCCUUUGCAGAGAAGCGCUCCUCGUGCAGGGAUGAGGAUGCUCUCCACCUGGUGCUGAGGCGAGGGUUGAGGACUGGACACUCAGUACAGUGGGGACCCCUGAAGCCCCUGAUGGAAGCCACAUUACCUGGGCAUCGGACCAUGAACCCCUGUCCUGUGUGGGAGCAGAAGAGUGGCUGUGUCUACCUAUUCUUCAUCUGUGUGCGGGGCCAUGUCACUGAGCGUCAACAGAUUGUGUCAGGCAGGAAUGCUGCCCGCCUCUGCUUCAUCUGCAGUCAGGAUGCUGGCUGUUCGUGGAGCGAGGUGAGGGACCUGACUGAGGAGGUCAUUGGCUCAGAAGUGAAGCACUGGGCCACGUUUGCUGUGGGCCCGGGUCAUGGCAUCCAGCUGCAGUCGGGGAGGCUGGUCAUCCCUGCAUAUGCCUAUUACCUCCCUUACCGGUUCUUUUGCUUCCGGCUACCAUGUAAAGCCAGGCCUCAUUCCCUGAUGAUCUACAGUGAUGACCUAGGGGCCACAUGGCACCAUGGCAGGCUCAUUAAGCCCAUGGUGACAGUGGAGUGCGAAGUGGCAGAGGUGACCGGAGGGGCCGGUCACUCAGUGCUAUAUUGCAGUGCCCGGACACCAAAAAGGUGCCGGGCAGAGGCUCUCAGCGCUGACCAUGGUGAAUGCUUUGAGAGACCAGCUCUGAGCCAGCAGCUCUGUGAGCCCCCACAUGGCUGCCAAGGCAGUGUGGUAAGUUUCCGGCCCUUGGAGAUCCCACAUAGGUGCCAGGACCCUAGUGGCCAAGAUCUUCCUACCAUUCAGCAGAACCCUCUGCUGGACAGCUCACUGAGGCUGGAGAAGGAAGCUGGAACACUGUCAGAAUCAUGGCUCUUGUACUCACACCCAACCAGUAAGAAACGGAGAGUCAACCUAGGCAUCUACCUCAACCAGACCCCCUUGGAGGCUGCCUGUUGGUCCCACCCCUGGAUCUUGCACUGUGGGCCCUGUGGCUACUCUGAUUUGGCUGCUCUGGAGAAGGAGGGCUUGUUUGCGUGUUUGUUUGAGUGUGGGAUCAAGCGGGAGUGUGAGCAGAUUGCCUUCCGUCUGUUUACAGUCCAAGAGAUCCUGAGCCAUGUGCAAGGAGACUGCACCAGCCCUGGUAGGAUCUCUGAGCCAAUUCAAAACUAGUUGGCUUAGGACUCAACUUUCCAUAGAAGGGAAACCAUGGAAGGCAACCAUAGCCAGGAUAAUGGAGGUCAGGAUAACAGAGGUUACUGAAGUCUACAAAGAAUCCAAAAACUUAAGAUUCUACGCCCUACCUUUUUUCACUACCCGUUUUCCAGAGGGCAAAAUGAUAAUUGUGCCAUAGCUACUGAGGUGGAAAGAGACUGAACUGUCAGGUAGGAGACCAUGAUAUGGUCUUGGUUCUCCCAUUGCUUGCUUUGGGACCUUGGACAUGUCACCUGAACUCUCGGGGCCUCAGGUCUCCAUCUGUAAAAUGAGAAGAUCGGAUCUGUGAUUUCUCUACUUCCCAUCCCUAGGAAAGUCAGAGGACUCAUCUUUUCAAAUGACUCACCACUAAUCCAAGUGUGAGGUUACAAGCAGGUGUCAUGGUAUGAAGGAAGAUCUGGAUGAUUUGUUCUGUUUUUAAUAUCAAAAAUACCCACACCCUUCUAAUCAUGCUCAGAGCUCUACAGGCUCUCUACCCUGGAGGAAUUGGGCAAAAGAGUAGAAUCAUGAGGUCACCUACCUUCUCCAGCUUUGCAGCUCUGCUCAACUUUCUCUUCCUCAUCCAGAAUGUAGUAUUUCCUAGGGAGAAAAUGAGAAGCUCGGUGCCAGGGGUUAUUGAUAGUGGUACUUAUUGUUUCUGAUGGCAUUACUCCUAUGAGAGACGAACCUGAAGUUCAUUUAUGAGGAUGGUUCCUGGUGGAAAAAGGACUUGGGUUAGGACUUUAAAGCAUUGGACAAAACUUCUCACAGUCUCUGCCCACAAGGAGCUCACAGUUUAUGGGGCUAGAAGAGGGAGAAAAUUUAACAAAAUAAGUGCAGCUGGUGGGAUAGUUUGUAGAUAUUGGGCUCUAAGAUGUAGAUGUAGAUGUAGAAGUUGGUGUGAUGGUAGCUCCUAAUGUCAUUGUCUUGGUUGCAUCUUCAUUGUGCCUGGAGUCAUCUGCCUCAGGCUUAUCCAGGCUGCUGGGUUCCCCCCAAGUUUGUUUUUCUCAGAAUGUUGUCCUGGCUCAGCCACUCCUUUACCUGUGGAGAAGGUCUUCAACAUUAGGAAGGUCUCUGGACCCCCAAACCUCUGAAUCAGGCCUAUUUGUUUGGACCUACUGAAAUCACUAUUUGUGAUGUAGGGAUGCCUCUUUGUCUGAUAGGUUUGGGGCUGAACUUUGCCAGUGCUGGCUCUCUCAGAUGAUACCAAAUUGGUUGCUCUUAUUUUAGAUUGUUUCUCCCAUAGCCUGUUAUUGUGACAGAAAUUCUAUCAUGAGAGAUUUCUUUUUUGUCCCUAUUUUAUGAGGAUAAUGCCUUAAAUUGGUAUCAGCUAAAUAUAUUUGGUGCUGGGUAAUGACCCCAGAGAGCAAAUCUUCAUCAUGGAACAUGGCCUGGGGGCUAGGGGUUGCAGUUGCACCAAUCAGAUGGAGGAGAGUCCUACAGGAUGAAAGUAGAGACUGACUUCACCUACUUCAGCAUAUGGCUUAAGCCCAUGGCUUAGAGUGGCUUUUUAAAAUUCCCUUAGCCUCUCAUACAUUUGCCAAAGUUAUCUUUUCAAUACACAGUUAUGAUCAUUCAUUCACUCAUUUAUACAUUUAUCUAAAUAUUUCUUGAGUGCAUAAUGUAAGGUACUUUCUCUUGCCAUUCCCCAGCUGAAAAUCAUUUGUGGUUCCUCAUUGCCUACUAAGGGUGUUUACAUGUAGCCUGGCAUGUAGGACCUUCAAAUUUUGGGUGAAAUAAUGAAUACUUAUCU